GUGAUCAGAGGUUCAGUGUCAGUGCUGUGAUAGUACCAGAGGAGCAAUAAUCUAAUAAAAGGCAUUUUCCAUUUGUUAUGAGAAAGAUCUUACUUGCAGAUCAAGGUUGAGAGAGAUAAAUACCUGACAACAGGAGCUGUCAAGUCCUGAGAAAGAAAAGGUCGUGCUUCUGUGCCCCUUAGCAAACCUGUGAAAACCGGCAAGGAACCGUGAUCUGAAAUCUUGGAUUAGACCAAGUGAAGAUAAAAAGCUUGUGUGCUACUUACUGAAAUGCUUUCCCAGACUGGAACACCAUAGUCUGGAUGGCAUGGUUUGGUUUUGUGUAGAGGGUUAUUUGAAGUGUUUUCAGUGGAAAUCAAAGCUUUUCAACUAAGAAGACAUGGAAGAGAAAGGAGGAGUGGGUACUUUUGAAAGCAGCCCUGUCUCUAACGGUCCUUGGUGCAAGGCAGCAGUGACAGAUGUGCAGUUUGGCCCUAUGAGACUCCACCAAGAUCAACUUCAGGUACUUUUAGUGUUUGCCAAAGAAGAUAACCAGAGUAAUGGGUUCUGUUGGGCCUGUGAGAAGGCUGGGUUUCGGUGUAACAUUGCCAGGACACCUGAAUCUGCGCUAGAAUGUUUUCUGGAUAAACAGCAUGAAAUUAUCAUUAUCGACCAUAGACAUUCCAGAUAUUUUGAUGCAGAAGCUCUAUGCAGGUCUAUCAGAACAACUACAGCCUCAGAAAAUACAGUCAUAAUUGGUGUAGUACGAAGACAUAGUGAUCGGGAGGAGUCAUCAAUAUUGCCACUGAUUGCAGCAGGCUUCACAAGGAGAUAUGUAGAAAAUUCCAAUAUAAUGGCCUGUUACAAUGAGCUAAUUCAGCUGGAAUUUGGAGAAGUGCGGGCACAAUUUAAACUAAGGGCUUGUAAUUCAAUAUUUACAGCACUCGAGAAAAGUCAAGAAGCCAUUGAGAUCACAAGUGAAGAUCAUGUAAUACAGUAUGUAAAUCCUGCAUUUGAAACAGCGAUGGGCUAUCAAAUAGGUGAAUUAAUAGGAAAGGAAUUAACUGAAGUGCCUAUAAAUGAAAAAAAAGCCGAUUUCCUGGAUACUAUUAAUUCCUGCAUAAAGAUAGGAAAGGAAUGGCAAGGAAUGUAUUACACCAAAAAGAAAAAUGGAGAUAGCAUACAACAAAAUGUGAAGAUAAUGCCUGUCAUUGGACAGGGAGGAAAGAUUAGACACUAUGUGUCAAUUAGUAGACUGUGCAAUGACAACAAUAAGGCAGAAAGAAUAUGUGAACGUGUUCAGGCUGAAUCUCAGACAGAUAUUCAGACUUGCCGACACAAAGAUAGGAGGAAAGGAUCGCUUGAUGUCAGAUCCACAACCUCACGAGGAAGUGAUGGCAGUUCACAGAGGCGACACUCCUCCAUGGCCAGGAUACAUUCCAUGACUAUUGAAGCACCCAUCACCAAGGUAAUAAAUAUUAUCAAUGCUGCACAAGAAAGCAGUCCCAUGCCUGUCGCAGAAGCUUUAGAUCGAGUGUUGGAGAUUCUAAGAACCACUGAGUUAUACUCUCCACAACUUGGGACAAAAGAUGAAGAUCCACAUACAAGUGAUCUUGUUGGAGGAUUAAUGACAGAUGGUUUACGAAGAUUAUCGGGAAAUGAAUACAUAUUGUCAGCAAAACAAACUCAUCAGGUUCCUGGCAGUUUGAUCUCCCCUAUCUCCCUUAAUGACAUCCCACCACGGAUAGCACAAGCAAUGGAAAAUGAAGAAUUCUGGGACUUUGAUAUCUUUGAACUGGAGGCUGCAACCCAUAAAAGGCCUUUGGUUUAUCUUGGUCUCAAAAUGUUUGCUCGCUUUGGAAUCUGUGAAUUCCUAAACUGUUCAGAAUCAACUCUGAGGUCGUGGUUACAAGUUAUUGAAGCCAACUACCAUUCCUCCAACUCCUAUCAUAAUUCUACUCAUUCUGCAGAUGUCCUGCAUGCCACUGCCUAUUUCUUAUCCAAAGAAAGGGUAAAGCAAACUCUGGAUCCAAUUGAUGAGGUUGCUGCUCUCAUUGCUGCCACUGUCCAUGAUGUGGAUCACCCAGGAAGAACAAACUCCUUUCUGUGCAAUGCGGGGAGUGAACUAGCGAUCCUGUACAAUGACACCGCGGUGCUAGAGAGCCAUCAUGCGGCGCUGGCUUUCCAGCUCACCACACGGGAUGAUAAAUGCAAUAUCUUUAAAAACAUGGAGAGGAAUGAAUAUCGAACCCUUCGUCAAGCCAUUAUUGAUAUGGUCCUAGCAACAGAAAUGACAAAGCACUUUGAGCAUGUCAACAAAUUUGUCAACAGCAUUAAUAAACCCUUGGCAGCACUAGAAGAAAAUGGGAGUAAUAAUGGUGAUGGAGAUUCAGUCAAAAACGUUCUCACGUCUCCUGAAAAUCGCAUACUUAUCAAACGUAUGUUGAUAAAGUGCGCUGACAUUUCCAAUCCAUGCAGACCCCUAGAGCAGUGCAUUGAAUGGGCCGGUCGCAUCUCUGAGGAGUACUUUGCACAGACUGAUGAAGAAAAGAGACAGAGUUUACCUGUGGUGAUGCCUGUUUUUGACAGAAAUACUUGUAGCAUCCCCAAAUCCCAAAUAUCCUUCAUUGAUUACUUCAUCACGGAUAUGUUUGAUGCAUGGGAUGCAUUUGCAGACCUACCAAAUUUGAUGCAGCAUCUGGACAAUAACUUUAAAUAUUGGAAAGGUCUCGAUGACAAGAAGCUACGGAGCCUUCGACCACCACCUGAAUAGCAAUUAGGCCACAGUGUGUAACUUACCUGUCCAGAUGCAUAUUUACUCAAGCUCACUUUUGUUCAUGUGAUUUCAAAUUAGUUUUGAUCCCUUCAGUAUUACAGUAAGGCUAACCCAUGUGCUUGUGAACCUUUCACAUUCAAGAGAACAUGAGGUCAGCAGCUGACUCCUGCAAACUGCCGUGUAUGGACUCAAAUGAAGUGAACUUAUCAGCUGAAUUACACUGGAUUGCUGCAGUACCUGUACUGAAGAGGGUCUAUUCGUGAACAUAUUUUUGCAUUAUCUUCAUACCAGUAUGUGAAGCUUGAAGAUAUCCUCACGAAAAGGGGUGUCCUAUAGAAGAUUUUGCUUAGUCCUCAAAUCUGCAAGUGAAGGAGGAGUAUCUGUUAAUAGUGACUCACAGCUUUUAUGAGAAAGCUCCUUGCUUUUUAUAAGCACUUAAGAACAGUUACAUAUACCAGUCGGACAUUUAAAAUGCAACUCUUCAUGAAGGAGUUUUUGAUCUAUGAAAAAUAGAUGUACUCUAUUUUUUCACAUCACAGAAGGUGCAAUCAUUCACUUCUGAGCACUACUGAAAGUGAGUUCUCUUAAAGAAAUUUAGUAGCAAAUGUAAAAAAUAACACAAGAAUUUUUGAAGUUGAUCGUUAGCAUCUAUUAUUAAAAUGUUUUAUUUAUUUUGUUAGAUGUUCAAUAUUUUCUAUGAAUUUAUAAAUACUUAAAAGCCAAAGCCAACUUUAGAUGCAUUACAAAUUUACAUGAUUCAUACUCAUCAAUAUACAUUUAAUUGAUGUACAGACCUUUUAUUUUCAUAAUGCAAAUACAAAAUACUAUACAAUGACACAUUUUUAUUGCACUGUAAGGAUAGAUGUGUAUGUUUAAAUAUUGUCUGAUUUUAUGUUAAUUAAAAUAAGUUUUAUUAAAAGGUCUCACUGGAGAGUAGUAAAAUAAACAAGAAAUGCAUACUGUAUAAGCACCAGAACUCCAGCAGUUCUCUCUCACUCCCUACUGGUGACCACAAGAUCUUCCCAAGGUUGCUACUCUUGGUAAAAAAUAAUAAUAAUAAUAACUUGGGAUGUUCAUUUUUUUUCUUCCCUGUAAUUUUAUAAUUAAAUUCCCUAUCAAAAGUCUGCCUUAUUUUAUACAGUAUUUCUACAAAGCAUUCCACAGCAUAGAUGAGGGGGGUAAAACAAAAUAUUUAAUGAAUUUCAACAUUUUAUAGCCAAUGUAUUUUCCUCUUCAGUGGAAAAAAAAAGAAAAUCUUUAACUCCAGAAGUUUGUAAAGGUUGUAUACCUUCACCAUUUGAAUGAAACAUUCACAGCAAACACCAGAAAAUAAUAAAAUGUAUAUUUUAAGAAGUGUCAAAGUUCUAGCAAUUUUAUUUGAAACAUUUUCUUUCUUUCUUUUUUUUAAUUUGCACACUAUCAGAUAGAUAUGUGAAAUUAAACAAUUUCUUUUAAAAGUA